AUGCAGGGCGUGCAGGAUGCCCUUCCCUGCCUCGCCGGCGGUGGGGUUGUUGCUUAUGUGCGUUUCUUGCUGGAGUGGACCGACGCCGCGCCGCUCACCGCAACCGGGCGGGUGCACCACUGCCUCGUGAGCCUCGGCGACGACGACGGGGAGGAGGAGGAGGUGCUCUCACCGCACACCUUCAGGCGCGAACGGCUGCCCGCGUUGGUGGAGCGGGUCUCGGAGGGUGUGGCGCGGGGGAAGGCGCGCGCCGUGUGCCCGGCGGUGGUGCGCGCGGCCGUGAGACACGUGAUGUCUGACGGCUCUGAGGGCACCUCCCGAGACCGCUGCGUCUCCUCCACGCGGCAGCUAGCGGCUGCAGAGAAACUUCUUGCGGUGGCCCGCAGUACGCAGUACCGCGGCUCCCUCGUUCUUUUGCUGUUCCACCCGAAUGAGGCGGUUAGUAUUUGGUCGCGCGAGACGCUUCUGCGGCUGGUGAACCUCGCGGCGGCGGCGUCCGCGGAGGCGCAGGUCGCGGCAGACAACUUGUGGCUCUUGGGGAUGCAGCUGCUGUGCACAAUCAAGCACGCCACCUCCACUCCGCUGGAGCUGCAUGAGAACGGGACAAAGCGUCUUGUCGCCGACGGUCUCUGCAGUCUGCUGGCAGUUCUCACCGCAUUAGACACGAAGCUCGCGGAGCUGGAGCGUACGAUGCUGCAGGCCGCAGCCGCGGGAGGCGACAAAACUCCGUCCCUCUUCGGCGGUGUGUCGACGGCGACCGUUCUCCUGCUCGGCGGCAGCAUGUUGCUGUACUGGCUCACUUCCAUGGGUCCCGCGGCCGACACGCCGCCGGCGUCCGUCAUAGAAGAGUUGGCGGUGCUGCUGAACGCCCAGAUGGGAGACAACACGACGCUGCAGCCUGCGUCACUCGCCAGUGACACACAGCGGGCGCUGGUAAAGGUGCUCGUGCACUGUCUCCUUGACAACGCUAAGCUUGCCGCGACGGCAUCGCGCGAGGAGGCCUUGUGCUGCGCAAGACGCAUGCGGGAGUUGUGGUGUGUGGCGUCGCGCAUCGACCCGCCGUCGUCAGCGGCUUCAAGAACGAGGUUGCCUGCCAAUGGCACUGCCUCUCCUCCACCGGCGAAGGCGGCGGGUUGGUUACUGCGGUUCCUGAUGCGCAAUGCAUCCGUGCAGCUGAACCUGCCGACGGCGCUGCGUGGGGCGGCGGGAGGUGCUCCAAGCGAUGCCACCUUUCACACGAUGGAAGUCGCCGUGCACGCCCUCCGAUGUAUGCUGACGUCGCUGGCAGAGGCGCUCCCCGCGUUGGCGGCCUCGCCCCACUACCAUGAGUUUCUGGCUUCCAUGCAAAAGGACUGCCUGACGUUAACGGCUGCCGUCGCCUUGCGGGCUCAGCAGCCGCACGUCACCCUGAUGGUUUUACGGCAUUUUUUGCUCACAGAUUUAGCCUUAUUUGGCCGUGGCCGUCCUUCGAACCCCGGGGAAUGUCUUCGGAUCGCGUGGGAGGUGCUUCCCGAGUUAUUGCAGCGGGCCAUCAUUCAAGACGGCGGCCAGGCGGCCCCCGCCUCCCCGCGUUCGCCAUCACCGCUGCUGUUGCUGCGGGUGCUCGAGGUGCUGGAUGUCGCCACGGAGGAGUCCCCUGCAUGCGCCUGGCUGCUCCUCAGGCCCCUCAAGGACGGGCCGCAGCCGCUGGCGCGGGUGGUGGGGAAGUGCCUGGAGCGGCUCACCGACACCGUGCGGAGGUCCAUGAGGGAGAUGCGCCAGCAGUGGGAGGAGGCGAUGGUGGCGGAAGGCAACAGCCGCACCGGCGCUAGCAGCGGUGGGAGCCGUAACUGCAACACUAACAGUAACGCCUGCUACGGUUACGGCGGCAGUGAGGUCAGCGGCACCCUCAACCCGGAAAGCACGUCUUCGGUGGCCGCCUCGCGGCUUCUUUCCUCCGCCUCAUGCAUCCCGCGUGUGGCACACGUGCUUAUGCUCUCCGCGGACACCGUGACGCGUCGUCUGGGGGAGGCGCUCUCUGCCCUCUUCCUCCACUGCUUCAGCUCAGUCGUGCACGGCACCUUCCGCGCCGAUGCGGCGAACUGGCUGCUGCAGUUGAUUCUACACGACCCCGUGCUCGAGGAGAACAAGCUGAAGCUGCAUGACGCGAAGGUUGACGCAGUCGCCCGGGCCAGUGGGGAGACGUGGGUGACGGUGAUGCGCAGCUGUAACUGGAGCAGCCUGACGCCGGAGAUCGGCGCCACGUGUUGGUGGCUGUGUGCGCUUGUGGCCGACGUCUGCGUGCUGGCGAAGCCGCUGGGUGACCAGCUGCUCGACCUCGUCGUCACGCAACUCCCUCCCCUCACUGGGGCCGCACAGACGCGUCCCACCGCCGCCGCUGUCAGCGCCGCCUGCGAGGAGGAGGCAGGCUCUUCCCACACCCAGCAGUCCCUGCGUCAGUGCGCGCAAAACCUGCUGCUCGUGCUUCUGCGGAAGUGCUCCUUGUAUUCGCCGACCGUAUUUGCCCGCGCCCUUCUGCAUGUGGCUGCCGCGUCCCCACCUCCAACGCGGUCCCCGUCGGAUCGGUCGUUUAAGGCGACCCUUUCCAAAGACUUUGUGGGCGUGCUACAGAAGCUUCCGGCGGAGGCGAAGGAAACGCUGACCGAGUACGCCCCGAGCUGGUUAGCGGAGAUUCUUCGCUCCACACAACAAGGCAUCGACGACAGUGUGGCGGACCAGAAUCGCCGGUUCCAGAAGUACGAGUUUGAGGAGAAGCAAAUGAAGUUGCUGGAGGAGGAGGACCGCAAGCGGGCGAGGCAGGAGGAACAGCUGUGUCGCGCGAACAGAGAGCAGCGUCGACGGGAGCUGGAGAGUGGGCGUGAGCAGCCAAUAAACGGCAGCAGCAGCAGCAGCAGCAGCCCAUCUGUCGCCACGCUUAGGGCCACCGUGAAGCGCCCGCGUGACGAUAUGCCUUCACUGCUGAUUGCACAGACAGACCCCGACAGUGGCGAGCUGCUGCAGCAGCAGCUUGGGCCACGCUUGCGCGCCACGGAGCACGUUGGCGCCGUCGCAGGUGCCGCACAGAGACCAGCGGCGGUGGCACCGCCGCCGCCCACGGCACUGCAACGGCACCUGCAGCAGCUUGGGGAGAAGCGAGUAAGCGAGCUCAUUCGUGUGGAGAAUCUCAACAAGACCGUGGAGGCCAUUCGUCGCAUCGCUGGCAGCACCGACGUCUCGCGCCGCCCUCCGCUAACAGACGACAUCAUCGGUCACGGGCGAUAUUGUUUGGCCGUUGAGUUGCCAGUCAUUCCGCACCAGUUCACGGCGACCACAAACGCGGCUGGCGACCUUUACGUGGCGUCGUUUCUCCCGCACAUUGCGCUCGAAUUGCGCUAUGAGCUGCACCAGCGGUUUGACGAAGUAAUGGACCUCUGCCGCGCGCGGGAGGUGGCAAACCAGCGGGGAGGGGGCCGGCCAAGGACGGCGGCUGCGGCGGCGGCGGCAGUGCGGGCCCAGGCGACCAAAUCCCCCAGAAACGGUGGCCUUCCCACGCCAUCGCCGUGGAUCACCGACAAUGCAAUGCCUGUGGUGUGCGCGGGCGAUGCCGCGCUUAGCCCGCUGGACCCCACCUGCCUGCAGCUUCGUGUGAUGCUGACGGCGGCGCCUGGUACGGCCUCUGUGGCGUCGCUGAGCGCGGGGCUCUCAGAGGGCGAUGUCGCGCUUCUCCUGCUGCCGCUUCCUCACAUCGCCGCCGCCCUGCCGCAACUCUUCAGCGAGGCUGACGGCCGCGGUAUGAUGCCGGAUGCCUGGCGCGUGCUUGGGUGCGUUCCAAAAUUGUGUCUGGUGACUUCACUGCCGCCGGGGCAGCGCACGGCGGCCCUCACGCUAUUCACCUCAUCGGCGGCGGCGGCUUCGUCUUCCUCCUCCGCCGCUGGCGGUGGCAGUGGCAAUGAAACCAUGUCGGUAAACUUCUCGCAUGCGCUGCGGGCGUUUGUUUCCUCGCAGUCACACUUUUACGUCAAACGCCUCGCCCCACUUGGGCCGUCACUCGCUGCCGUGACUGCGCUACACGGCAUCCGGCGAAAGAUAUUUGCCCGCACCCUGCUGGAGCCGCACUCGGAGGCCAGGGUGAGUCGUGCGUAUCAUCACGCCAUUGAGCGGGAGCUCGUGUUGAGCGAGCACUGGGGGGAGCUUUCCAGUGGGCUUCUGCUGCACCAUUGCCUUAAUGACUGGCAGAAGCGCGCCAUUGUGGCCGCUCUCUUCGCCGUCGCCCCAGGGUGGGAGGCUGCCGCGCUUAAGUUGCCGCUGGCCGCCUCACCCCUGCCAAAGCCGCCGGAUCUGUUCCUUAUUGAGGGGCCGCCAGGGACGGGUAAAACGCAAACGAUUGCGGCUCUCACCCUCAACCUGCUGCAGCACUUGCAGAAAGCGGCUCGCCGGGUGCUUGUGUGCGCCCCUUCCAACUGCGCCGUGGAUGAGGUGCUGCUGCGGAUGCGAAAUCUCGCAAGGCGUGUGCCGCAGCUUGGGGAUGUGCAGCUCCUUCGCGUUGGUGUACGCGACAAUGUGGACCCCGCGGUGUUGGCGGCCUCACCGCCCCUCUUUCUUGAUGACUGUGUAGGGGCAUUGACAGAUGCCUUCAGCACCACUCGCCCCGGCGCUUCAGGGCGCGUGGUGCGUAACGGUGGUGCCGAUCUGGCGGUGAGCGGCCGUCGCCAACAGCUACGUGAGCAGGUGCUCUACGGGGCCAACGUGGUUUGUUCCACGUUGGGGUCGCUGAGUCAGCUGCAGCGCACCGACUUUCUCUUUGAUGUGGUGAUUGUGGAUGAGGCCUCGCAGGGCACUGAGCCUGAUGUCCUGCAGGCGUUGAUGCUGGCGAAGAGCCGGGCGGUUCUUGUCGGCGACUCCAAACAACUGCAGCCAACGAUUCUCUGCCAGGCCGCUGCUGCGCGUGGGCUGAAGCGUAGCCUGCUGCAACGCCUCUUGCAGCAGGGGCACCGCUCCUACUUGUUGCGUGUGCAGUACCGUAUGCACCCUGACAUCUGUGCGUUUCCGAAUCGCUACUUCUACGGCAAGAAACUUCUCACGCAUGUCAGUGUGAUGACGCGGCAGCGCGGCGCGGCUUCGCAGGCGCUGCCUCUGUCAGCUGAGAUGGAGAAGGUGCCGCGGUUGGUGUUUGUGGACGUGCAGGAUGGACGCAUGGAGUGGGGCAGAGGACGCUCGCUGAUGAACAGUCAGGAGGCAGACGCUGUGGUGCUGCAGAUGCGUCGCUUCCGUGCGACCCUGCACCUCACCCCGGAGGAGUUCGCCCGCCGGACUGGGGUCAUCACCUUCUACCAGGCGCAGAGGGAGGCGAUUCUGAAGCGGCUUUCCCGCGAGGAACGCGGCAGCGCGCUGCAGGUUGCCACUGUGGACAGCUUCCAGGGGAAGGAAAAGGACAUCGUCUUCAUCAGCUGCGUCCGCGCCCCGCACGCCGUGCCGCGCUUAGACGCCGCACCGACGCUUGGCUUCUUGGAGGACUGGCACCGCAUCAACGUCGCACUCACCCGCGCCAGGGAGUUUUGCGUGGUAUUUGGGCACGCCCAGACGUUUCUUGCCGCCGCGUCGGCGAAACAGCAGCAACAGGGACAAGAGGCACAGCCGCUGCCCGGGUGCGGAAGCGGGAGCGGGGGGAACGAUGACGACGACGACGACGACGAUGUCAUUUGCGAAGCCACGCCACCGCCGCCAAAGUCGGACGACGAUCCCCUUGUUCUCGCUGAGCUGGUGAAGUACGUAGCCGCUGCGGCGCAGCGGAACCACGUUGGCAGCGACGCUGCCGCGGCGAUGUUCACCGGCAGCAAAAACCUGAAUCUGCUGAGUGAGCUGCUCUCGCAGUCGCACGGGGAGCGGCGACCAUAG